CUCGGAGCGCCGCCUUUCCGCUCUGCCGUCGCCUAGCAACCGUUUCCACGGCAACCGGUCGUCAACCACGCGCCGCCAUCCGGCAGGGCAGGGCGAGGAGGGGACCGCUCGGACGCGGGGGGCGCGGGGAGCUGUGACCUGGGGGUCCUCGGGAGCAGGCCGGGGAGCCAGAGAGCCGAGGGGAAGCGGUGACGAGCGGGACGGAGAUGCCGGUGGGGUGAGGACGGCGGAGGCGGCGCUCGGUGGCCAUGGAUUCCGCGUGCUCCUCGGAGAGCAUCUAUAACCUCAUCCCCAGGGACCUCAAGGAGCCUCCCCAGCCCGCUAGGUACAUAUCCAUUUUUAAGGCAGCCGUAAAAAACGACAUGCAGAAAUACAAAGCGGCAAUGAAAACCAUGGGGCCAGCCAAAGUGGAGGUACCUUCUCCAAAGGAGUUCCUAAAGAAACACUCCAAGGAAAAAACUCUACCACCCAAAAAGAAGUUUGAAUGGAAUGAGCCCAGGAAGCCUGCCGUGCCGUUGAGGACCGAGCACCCGGUGAUGGGCAUUCAGAGCGGGAAGAAUUUUAUCAACACGAACGCAGCGGACGUCAUCAUGGGAGUGGCUAAGAAGCCCAAACCUGUCUACGUGGACAAGAGAACCGGGGACAAGCACGAUCUGGAGACUUCAGGGCUCCUUCCCAAGUACAUCAAUAAAAAGGACUAUGGGGUCACCCCCAAGUACAUCUGUAUGCGGAACGAGGAAGUCAGGCGGGCCCAAGAAGAGUAUGACCGCUACAUCCAGGAGAACCUCAAGAAGGCGGCCAUGAAGAGGCUGUCAGAUGAGGAGAGGGAGGCCAUUCUGCAGGGCCUGAAGAAGAACUGGGAGGAGGUGCACAAGGAGUUCCAGUCGUUCUCGGUCUUCAUCGACUCCAUCCCGAAGAAGGUCCGCAAGCAGAAGCUGGAAGAGCAGAUGAAGCAGCUGGAACACGACAUCGGGGUCAUCGAGAAACACAAGAUCAUUUACAUCGCCAACAAACAGUAGCGCGCUGCCGAGGCACAGUUCUCCCAGCCAGCGUAGGAAACGUGGAAGCUAGGAAAUUAAACUGCAACUUAAAAAAAGAGGAAAACACCCCCCAAAAAUCAAGAGUAGUCUUACAAGGCUUAGGCAAUGUUUAAAGAGUAGUUGAAUUACUCACCUUAAAGGAGAAGCGCUUUGUUUCUGCUAGCGUCGUGUUUUCCACAUUUAAACCAAUUAAAGUUUGAGGCUUUGUGUCCCAGUUCU